AUGUUAUUUAAUAGUUCAGUCACAAAUAACCAUAAUCCAAAUAAAGAUAUAGAAUUACAAGGACCAAUUAAUGAUGGUAUAUCUUGUUUAAAGUUUUCACCCAAAACAAGUAAUUUAAUUGUAGCAGGUUCAUGGGAUCAAAAGAUUAGAUGCUGGGAAGUUAACACACCAUCAUUAUCAUCACAACCAAGAGCAAUGAUCAGCCACGAAGCAGCAAUUUUAUGUACUGACUGGAAUGGUGAUGGCACACAAGUAUUUACAGGUGGUGUUGAUAAUAAAGUUAAACUUUGGAAUUUACAAACUAAUCAAAUGGUUCAAGUCGCACAACAUAAUGCACCAGUUAAAGAUUGUUUUUGGAUUGAGGAAAGUAAAGUUUUGGUUACAGGUGGUUGGGACAAAUCAAUUAAAUAUUGGGAUACCAGACAGUCAACCCCUGUUCUUUCAUUGGAUCUCUCAGAAAGAGUUUAUGCUAUGGAUUGCCUUUAUCCAUUAUUAGUAGUUGCAACAGCAGAUCGUAAAAUCUACGUAUACAAUCUCCAAAACCCAAGUGUUCCAUAUAAAACAAUGGAGUCAUUAUUAAAAUAUCAAACUCGUAGUAUUGCAUGUUUUGGUGAAAAGAAUGGUUUUGCUUUAGGCUCUAUUGAGGGUCGUGUUGCAAUUCAAUCAUUUGAGGAAAAGCCAGAAUUAUCAUUUACAUUCAAGUGUCAUAGAGAAAAUGAUACAUUAGCAUACGCAGUUAACUCAAUUUCAUUUGCAUUACCAUAUGGUACUUUUGCAACAGCAGGUUCAGAUGGUGGUUUCAGUUUUUGGGAUAAAGAAUCUAAAUUUAGACUUAAACAAUUUACCAAAGUACCACAACCAAUUACAUGCACAGCUUUCAAUUCCGAUGCAAGCUUAUAUGCUUAUGCAUCAUCAUACGAUUGGUCUAAAGGUAGUCAAGGUUUUGAUCCAAAUAGUCAAAGUUAUGUUUUCGUUCACCCAGUUGGUGAUGAAGCUAAAAAAGGUAAUAGAACAGCAAAAAAAAGAUAA